AUGAUAUUGACUAAAAGUUAUAACUUUGGACCAAGAGCGUUUACUUCUGUUAAACAGUUAUUUUGUUUUCAGGGUCAUUACGUAAAUAGAAAUAAUAUACAAUGUCAUUGCCAUGCACAACAAGGACAACGGCGCCUAUUUUUUAAUUUUCCAAAGUCUAGUCGUAAACGUGAAUAUUGUGGAAGGCAGCUAGUUGGUUACACGAUGGAGCAGAUGUUUGAAGUGGUAUCAGAUGUGGAGAGUUAUUACAAAUUUGUACCAUGGUGCAAGCGUUCAAUAGUAUUGAGUAAAACCACAGACCAACUGAAAGCGGACUUAAUAGUGGGUUUUCCUCCCAUAAACGAGAGCUAUACCUCAAAUGUUACAUUUGUUAAACCAUACUUAGUCAAGGCUGAGUGUAUGGAUGGUAGACUCUUUCACUACUUAUUGACACUCUGGAGGUUUAGUCCGGGACUAAAGAGGGAACAGCAAUCCUGUGUCGUCGACUUCCAAAUAACAUUUGAAUUUAAAUCGACAUUUCAUUCACAUCUAUCAAAUUUAUUCUUUGACCAAGUCGCUAGACAAAUGGAGGGGGCUUUCAUAAACGAAGUUGGAAAGAGAUUUGGCCCGCCUACAAUAAUGCCUAGAAAUUUACUGCAGAAUCCUCAAGCGGUGAAAAGUUGA